AUAUUCAUUGUUGUCAUAUGUGAUAAUGUUACCCUGAGAAUGGUUGAGGAAAAGCUAUAUGCUUCCAUUUGAUAUCAGAGAAAUUUAAUCGUAUCAUUUCUUCCUAACUUGCUUGAAACCCUUCGUAUAUAGAAUCAAUUUAAGGGCUUCAAUGUAGAUGGGAUAAUCUUUAUCGACACUGUAGAGUGGAGACCAUCGUCACCCUGUAGAGUGGAGACCAUCGUCGCGUUCAAGCAUCCUCACUUUGUCUCCAGAAUCUUUAUCUAUAUUCAACAUCUAAAGACUAAAUGUUCAAUUUAGAGGAGAGAAGUAAUGCAUGGUUAACGAUCCUUCCUGAUUAUAUAUGCCGAUCAACAGCUUAAGGAUAUAUAGGUGAAUGUGGCACUACGUUCUCCUGGCCUUGGAUGCCUCAUCCCAAUCUUAGAACUCGUCGUUUGAGGAUAUACAGGAAUCUAAAUGACAAUUCUAAGCCCGAAUGCGUAUCUAUAGAAGCUGACACCCUUAAAUCCGCAUGAAUGACGACAGGGGAAACUCAAUCCCUAAUGUCGAAGUACGUCAUUGGAUAUGAGGGGUGAUUUUUGAAACCUGAAUGUAAAGCGCUGAAUAUCUCCAUUAGUUCCCCUUUACCGCUUUCCGUUUUCGUUUUCGUGCAAUGCGCCUCUCUCACUACUCGAUCUGGAGAAGUCGGCUCUGGAUUUUCCGCCAGUAAGCCAUGGCGGUGCCGGAAGCUCCUCUCUGCUACGUCGGAUUUGCUGGCCAAUCCGCCGCGUUCCGCCUCUUGAAACAAAUGGGGGUGGGAAGAAGGAGCAGGGCUAGGGAAAGAUAAGCAAAGGAUUAAAUGAUAUGUUAAGAGUCAAAACAAAGCAGCGUAUCGUAGGUUUGUUCUUUCGAUCUCGCAUUCGUUCAUUCGAUCCUCUAGGGUUUUCUUCUCUUUCUUAUGUUAAAUUUUGGUCAUCGAAUUCAUUUGAAAAACGUAAGGAAAUUUAGAAACAUGUGAAUAGUGAAUUGGAGAUUUAGGGGUUUUCUUAUGUUAGGGUUUUGCUGAUGGAUGAUCUUGCUUUCUGUCUUGCUAUUAGAUGGAAAAAAGAGAUCUGAAGCUUCUUCAUGCAUUUCUUCAAAGCAUCUCGAAGGAACUCUUGUUAAGUUUUCAAAACGUUAAACAAUUUAGUAUUCCAGUUGUGUAGCUAUGAAAUUGCAAUCUAAGUUUUCUUGUGCAUUUUGUUUGCAUUUAAGAGUUUUUUCUGGUGAUUUAUUGUACAGAUCUAGUGUAAUUUGAACUUUAUA